AUGGCAAGUGGGCAAGAAGAGGUCACAUAUCAAGUCGUGCUAGAGCUGUUGUCCUCUUCUUCUCAUCAAUUUUCUAUUGUCCAAAGCGUUGAUCAGUUUCUCAGUUACCAAACAGAAAUUUUUGACUCUAGAGCAGGAACUGAACUAAUUCUCACCAAGGUUGGAGAUUCUAGUGAAAUUAUUGAAGAACAACCAAUCUGUCAACAGCAGAGGCAAAAUAUUGCCUUAGAGAUACCCUCAAGAACAAAUGAGGGCUCUACUGAGGAUUUUGUCCGAAUAAACAUACCCCUGACACCAAAUCGAACUCCCAAAAGAGUGAAUUUUUCGCCAAUCCCUAGCCCUAGUUACUACAGAUUCAAUGAUUCCCCAAGUCCCUUGUCAACUAGGGCUAAAUCAUCCAUGAAAAGCCUCUUUCCAAAACUAAGCUUCAAAUUCCGUAAUACUACUUCAGAGAUUGAGAGGGCUGCAAUCCUAGCUUUGGGAGAUUCACCAGCAGACACAUGGGAGAAGCCUUUAAUUCGGAGGACAUUGUCUCUUUCAAAACUUUUCACGCCCAAAAUGAAGAGAACUUCAUCUUUACCUGUUACCCCAAUUGCACACUCGAAUCCGGAGUCUAUGCAUGGAGGCAACACAAUUGAUGAUUAUGUUGUGAGUCUUUUGACUGAAAAUGGAAACACCAAGGAUGAUUUGAGGCUCCCCACUGAUGAUGCUCUGCUCCCCACUGAAAAUUCUAGCCAUGACUGGUAUAUUUCUUUAGCCAGGUGGCUGAAAUUUCUAUAAAUGAUUCCAACCAUAGAGCCCUUAACACAUGUUAAAGGCAUUUAUCCAUGUGUUUAGGUACUCCACAGUAAAAACAAACUU